AUGGCUUUUCGAUUUAAUUUUUUUAUUGAUGAAAAUGAGAGCAAUGACCCAGACAAUCAUGAUAAGGUGGACUCACAGCUGUGCUCUCCAAAACACAAACAGGAAGCCACAGAAAAGAGCAAGCAAACUGCCGAUGCCAUAGCAGGCUCCAGCCCAAGGCUGGGCACUGAUAAGCAGCAAGAUGAGACACCAAAGAAAAAGUUCUACUUUAAAGCUGCCAAGGAGCACAAUAUACCUGAAGAUCUCAGCAAAAUCUUGGAAAAUAAAGUCAUGGAAACAGUAUCAGACCUGUGUUACGUAAAUACGUCUGUAGUGGAAAUUAUGUGUUUGGAUGGCGCCGACAGAGAAGGCAUCGUGUCUAAAAGUGUUUCUUCUCACUCUGAUCUCAUCCCAGGGGUCUAUGAGGGAGGACUGAAAAUCUGGGAAUGCACCUUUGAUCUCAUAGAUUACUUUUCCGAGGCUGAAAUACAGUUUACCAACAAGACAGUGCUGGAUCUUGGCUGUGGGGCUGGACUGCUGGGCAUAACUGCGUUAAGGGGAAAAGCUGAAAAAGUCCAUUUUCAGGACUACAACAGCACUGUGAUUGAUGAAAUCACCUUGCCUAACGUGGUGGCUAACUGCAUAAAGGCAGGCAAUAGGAUGGGCAGUGGAGACGACAGAAAAACCAGCAAGCCUCCUUCAAAGAAGCCCAGGAAAGCAGAGCGCUUACCUGAUGUGCUCACCAAAUGCAGGUUUUUUUCUGGAGAGUGGUCUGAAGUCAGCCGGCUCCUGUUAAGCAGCAACAAACCCUUUUCAAAGUAUGAUGUAAUUCUCACAUCCGAGACCAUCUAUAAUCCUGACUACUACAGCGCUUUGCAUGAUACACUGGCUCAGCUCUUGAAUAAAAAUGGCCGUGUGUAUUUGGCAAGCAAAUCACUUUAUUUUGGAGUUGGUGGUGGUAUCUACCUCUUUGAGGAAUUCAUUGAAGAGAGAAAAGUGUUUAGGAGCAGCAUAGUUAAAACAAUUGAUAAAGGACUGCAGCGAUGUAUUAUGGAAAUGACCUUUAAAGAUUCCAGUUAAAAUUCAGCCACUGGUC